GGGUUUCAAUUCCUUUUCUUUGAUUUGUUCUCUCUCUCUCUCUCAUUCUCUCUUUCUCUCCGGCGAGAGACGAAGGCGUUUAGGGUUUCGUUUCCGGCCAAUCCUCCGAGAAAGCAUGAAGAUCACCGCGCUGCUCGUCCUGAAAUCCGAUUCCUCAUCCUCUGGUGACUCCAUCGUGCUCGCUAAUGCCACCGAUGUCAGCCACUUUGGCUAUUUCCAGCGCGGCGCCGCUCGGGAGUUUAUUCUCUUCGUCGGCCGCACCGUCGCCAAGCGGACCCCUCCGGGCCAGCGCCAGUCCGUCCAGCAUGAAGAAUACAAGGUUCAUUCAUACAACAGAAAUGGUCUUUGUGCUUUGGCAUUUAUGGAUGAUCAUUAUCCUGUGCGAAGUGCAUUUUCUCUUUUGAAUACGGUACUAGACGAGUAUCAGAAGGCCUUUGGAGAAACUUGGAGAGCUGUACAGGCAGAUUCCAGUCAACCAUGGCCGUAUUUAAAUGAGGCCUUGACAAAGUUCCAGGAUCCUGCUGAGGCUGACAAGUUGCUGAGAAUCCAGAGGGACUUGGAUGAGACCAAAAUUAUUCUUCACAAGACUAUUGAUAGUGUGCUUGCACGAGGGGAGAAGCUGGAUAGUUUAGUCGAGAAGAGCUCAGACUUAAGUGCAGCAUCCCAGAUGUUCUACAAGCAAGCCAAGAAAACCAACCAGUGCUGCACUAUACUUUAAGCUCCUGCAAGAUCAUGUUCCUUGUGAUGUUCUUUAUUAAUGUGUGGUGUAUAGAGUCACUGAUUAAUUCUGUGUCCAAAUAUAAUUAAUCGCAUUUGUUAUGCUUUACCAAACUUAUGGCAUGACAUUCGUCAUCAUUCUUUUGAGUUUGAUCGUGUAAGCUGAAAAGCACAGUGUUCUUGGCUGCAAGCAAGAAGAUAAGCAUCACCAGGUUUGCUCUUAUUUUGGUGUGCAUUUGUACAAAUUAGACUUGUGAGUCUUAUUACAUGUUCCGUUUAA